CUUCAUUUACACAUACACAAAACCUCAAAAUUUUCCUGAGAAAAUUCACACGGAAAAGCUAAGAGAAAUUAGAGAAGAGGCUUGAGCUCUUAUUUUUCUGUUUGGAUGUCUAGAAAAUCAAUCGGGAUGAAUGGAGAGGGAAGAGGAGGAGGUGAAGAAAGUGUGGAAAUGGAGGGAGUGAGAGACAGAGAAAAAUUAAUCUUUAUGUGGGGCUACCUUCCGGGAGCUUUACCGCAGCGGUCGCCGCUGUUGUCACCGGUGGUGGUGAGGCUUCCGCCGUCGAUUGGGCCUGGAACUUCGUGGAAGGACGUUUGCGGCGGCGGUUGCGGAUUUGCUAUGGCCAUUUCAGAUUCCGGGAAGCUCAUAACAUGGGGUUCAACAGAUGAUCUAGGUCAAAGCUAUGUGACAUCUGGGAAGCAUGGGGAAACACCAGAGCCUUUUCCUCUUCCUGGUGAAGCUUCAAUAGUAAACGCUGCUGCAUGUUGGGCACAUUGUGUUGCAGUUACAGAGGGUGGAGAAGUUUAUACAUGGGGAUGGAAAGAGUGUGUUCCCUCUGGGAAGGUAUUUGGCGAUCCAUCUAUGUUAAGUUUAGAGAAGGAAGUGUCUGAGCGACAGAGUUCAUUUUUGACGGAACAAGUGAGCCCUCGCUCUCAGGGCUCAAAAUCUAGUGGUGGAGCUGUGUCUGGUACGGAUAUUGGAGGAGGUGGGGAGGAGGGUACUAAGCGAAGACGAAUAUCAUUGGCUAAACAAGCAGCUGAAAGCUCAUCAUCUGGAGAUGAAACUCUAUCAGCGUUGCCUUGUUUGGUGACAUUGAAUCCAGGAGUAAGGAUUGCCACAGUUGCCGCUGGUGGGCGGCACACUUUAGCAUUGUCAGACAUAGGGCAGGUGUGGGGUUGGGGCUAUGGCGGUGAGGGGCAGCUAGGUUUGGGGUCUCGGAUACGUAUGGUGUCCUCUCCACAUCCCAUACCGUGCAUUGACUCUUCUACUUUUGGAAAAGAUAGAUCUCUAGCUCUUUCUCGAGGAAGCUUGGGUUCAGAGGGACAUGGUUUUAGGGUUCCAGGAAGUUAUGUGAAGGGAAUUGCCUGUGGAGGUCGACACAGUGCAGUAAUUACAGAUGCUGGAGCACUACUUACUUUUGGCUGGGGACUCUAUGGACAGUGCGGGCAAGGAAGCACAGAUGAUGAGCUAAGCCCAACGUGUGUAUCUUCUUUGUUGGGUAUCCGGAUUGAAGGUGUUGCAGCAGGACUCUGGCACACUGUCUGUAUUUCUGCUGAUGGUGAUGUUUAUGCAUUUGGGGGGAAUCAGUUUGGACAGUUGGGAACCGGUGCUGAACAAGCUGAGACUCUGCCUAGGCUUCUGGAUGCUCCUAGUUUGGAAAAUAUGCACGCAAAAAUUGUUGCUUGUGGUGCUCGUCACAGCACUAUAGUUACAGGUAUGUAAUCUGUUUUCAUAUUUUGAUUAUUAAUUAUUUUUGCCGCCUUGAAAUAAAACAAUCACUUGUUUGGGAAAAUUUGACUCCUGCCAAGCUCAUGUUUGGGCCUUACCAGUUUCUGGAGGAACCACGAUAUAUUAGGAGUUCAUUUAAGCUCCCUUGGAGAUUUUCUUUUAGGCUACAACUAAUUAGAUGGACGAAAAAAGUAAAAAGUUGAAUAUUAGCAACUAUGCCAACUCUAAACUGGGCCAGCGACGACAUGGGGUAACUAGGGUCCCCAUGAUACCCUAUGAUAUAAAAUUUUUCCAUAAAUAUGGAGCAGAUGCUGUGUUUGCUGUUGCUGGUUUGAGAAGCCUCUAUCGCAAGUAUUUCUAGUGUGAGAGAGAGAGAGUGAGAGAGAAUGGUGAGGGGACCAAUUUUGGUGUGAGGCAUCAUAUACUACCUUCAGUUUUUUAUUACAUAUUUGGAUUGCAUGGACAGCUGCUGACUAGUUGUGGAUAUAGCCUAGCUGGCGAACAGAAAAAGACGAGGUUGAAAAUUCUUAAAAUUUUGAUGGAUUUAAAGAACCCACAUAAUUGUGAGAAAACUCCUAAUACCAAUUUUUCAGGCAGGGAUUUGUCUAAAUGCUGUGUCUGGUUUUAGUGAAAACACAGAAAAAGAAGUAAAAUUUUGGUGUCAUAUUCAUGUCAACCAUUACAAUUUCAACUAUGUGUUAAGUUUCAACUUUUCUAUCGUUUAGUUUCUUCACAUGUAGCUAAACUUACUCAAAGCUUUCUAAGAUAAAGUGUUGCAUGAGUUCUUGAAGUUAUGCAAAUGAGUGGUGAAGAGAGAGGUUUUCAGUGGAUAACUAACUAGAAUUUAUUGAGGACCGUCUUUAGUUGAUAUGCUUGGGGCAAGAAAUAUGAAAAUGUGAAGCUCCACAAAGGGUGGAGUGAAACUCAACUUGGGUGGAUAUGAUUCCAGUAAAGUUUAAAUAUCAUAAAAUCCUUGACACACCUGUUACAGUUACUAACAAUGUCAUACCAGAAAUAAAAUCUUGUGGGCAGAGCUUUUUCAUUAUUAACCGUCUGCUUUUGUUCCGUGAAGAGGAUAGCAAGGUGUUCUGCUGGGGGUGGAACAAGUAUGGUCAGCUUGGUUUAGGUGAUGUGAUUGACCGUAAUAUUCCAUCCCAAGUUGCAAUCGAUGGUUAUGUAGCAAAAAAUGUCGCAUGUGGCUGGUGGCACACCCUUCUUCUUGCUGAAUCACCCACCUAAGCAUCUGACUCCCAGGCGGCGGCCUGGGCACAGUUUUGUUAGGUUUGGAGUUUCUCUUUCAACAAUAUUAACACUAGUUAAAACUAUAUGUAUAUGUGCAUACAGUAGCUUGUAUACAUAUACAUAUAAGCAAGUUAUCAUUCUUUCAUGAUCUAGGUUCAAUGACUGGUCAACUCUAUUAACCAUGCUGCAAAGGAAUGUGAUUGCCAGAUGUAAAAAAUAAACCCUAGUCCUCUGUGAAUAUCUGUAUCACUGUAUAUUGGAUGAUUUGAUGUCAAGCCUAUUUCCUUGCAAUGUAACUGUUGGUAUGAUGGAAUGUGCCUGUGCAUUUCCUUCGGAUUCUAAGUUUUUGCCCUUUCAUAUGUUCCUCCAUGAUUGAAGGCAGUGGGUAAAUAAGGAAAUUAUAGCCUAUAAACUGCGUGUAGUCCUGUCAAUGGAUCAAAUUCUGUUAUAUCGGAAUCCGAAUUUGAUUACAGUUUGCAUGUUCCAAUCCUAUCCAAUGUAAUUUAGUAGCAAACGACUCCUCAAAAUGGACAAAAACCAGAAUACUAUUUAGGAAUGUAAUUACUGGUCUUAUUCUCCACUCC